CUCAAUGUCAUAAUUAUUCUCAGCCAUGGCCCAGGAAAUGGAGACAUUUGCCGCUCGUCUCGCUAGUUUCGACCGGGUCUUGUACCCUGGGGGACGAAGGUCAUCACUUACGCCCGCAGAGCCUAUCGCUUGGCCUCACAGUAGGCCUUCACCGGCGGAGCUUGCUCAUGCAGGGUUCUUCUACCACCCCUACGAAACGAAUCCAGACAACACGAUAUGUUUCCUGUGCCGCAGGGCGCUAGAUGGAUGGGAGGAAGAGGACAACCCGAUCACGGAACAUUUGAAACAUGCGCCGGAUUGUGGGUGGGCUGUAAUGAUGGACAUUCAACAGCACAGCUCCAAUCCCGCCGAGAUCGAAGACCCGACCAGCGAGCGCAUUGUACAGGCGAGACAGGCUACCUUUGGCGAAGCAUGGCCUCACGAUGGAAAGCGCGGCUGGACUUGUCAAUCGGACAAGAUGGUUGAAGGCGGAUGGUAUUUUUGCCCAAACGAAGAGAGCAACGACCUGGCCACUUGUGCGUACUGUAAAUUGUCGCUCGAUGGCUGGGAGCCAAAAGAUAACCCCUUCGACGAGCAUUACCGACGGUCCUCAGACUGCUCUUUCUUCGUUUUCGCUCAGCCUCCUACCACAAAGAAAGGGAAGAAUUCCCGCUCGAAGAAAGGUCGCGUCUCCAAGGCGGCCCGUCUCUCGACCCAAUCCACUGUUUCAGAGGGACCCAUGCAGGAAGUUGACGACGACUCAAUGGACCAAAGCACUAUGUCGCAAUCAACCACGAAAUCGAAGUCGUCGAAGAAGUCAACCAAGUCCAAGUCCAGAAGCAAGAAGAAGGAUGAGCAGGUCGAGGCAGGCGGCCAGAUUGACGUGGACAGUACAUAUCAGACUCAGCCAGAACCUCCGAAAGCGAAACGAACCAGAGGCAAGAAGAGGACAAGCGAGGAUAUAGCCAAGGAUGAUACGAACCUGGAUGCAGAGACCGACGAGAAACCCGAACCUCCAUCCAAAAAACGGGCGACUAAAACCCGCGUUAGUGCCCAGCAACCGGAACACGAGGAACAGCCCGAGGCAGUAACAGAGGAAGCGCCCAUGGAGGAAAUUCAGGAAGCGAAACCAAAGAAGGGCCGCGGUACGAGCAAGAAGAAGACUACCCUCAAGAGCCGAAAUGUCACGGAUGAUUCAUCUACAACUAAGGCUCCAGCUUCUCCCGAGGCGCCUCAAGAUGCGGAGCCUGGAGCAGUGGUCGAGAAUGUUAUGGAGCUAGGAAGGGCUAGCGUCAAGGAGCCCAGCGAAGAGCCGGCGCCGAAGCCAUCGAAAAAGUCAAAGUCCAAAAAGAAAGUCGAACAGGCCCCAGAGCCAUUGUAUGACACAGAAGAGCACAGCGUGGAGGUUGAGCCCCAGCCGGUUGAGGAACCAGAGCCACACCUGUCACCAGAGCCUCAGCCACCAGUUCAAGAGCCCCGACAAACGAGACGUUCAAGCAAGCGACAAAGCGCGAGAAACUCGACUACUGUCAAAAAAGAGCCCCAAGAAGAAGUAACCCAGAGCGAAGCAGUAGAAGACCAGCUUUCAGAGCCCACUGCUCCCGACCGCGAGCAAGUUGACACAAAAAGGCACGAGUCGUUUGUGUCUGUGGAAAUCACGACUAGGGUGCCAAGCAGGGAACCCGAAGCAGAGGUCGAGGAGAAGAAUGGGAAAAGGAAGCUCAAAAGAAAGGAGUCCACCGAAAAGCAGAAGAAGUCUAGGAAAUCUGCAGAAGAGCCUGUGGAUGCUUUACAAGAAGAUCGUGCUGCCUCCGAUAUUGAGGAGACGGUUCUUGACAUGGAUGGCCAGACGCUGUUGGGACCGAGCGAGCAAGAACCACAGGUACAGACACCUGUGCAGCAAACUGCUAGACGCCGAUCAUCCCGAGUACCUCCAAAGACUGUUGAGAGAUACAGCGACAUUCCUAAAGAGAAGCAGUAUGCAACAUCACUUGUCGAGUCUCGGAACUCAGGUGGUCGGUCGAUCUCAGGGAAUGCCGAUCCAGACGAUGAAGACGAACAAGAGCAAGAAACGGUCUCGCCAUUACCCUCGCCGUCCAAGACUACUCCUUCGAUAUCGCCGCAAUCGUCUGAUGCGGAAAAUCACCCUCCCUCCUUGAAGCCGACGCUGAAACCCCCCACGUCUCGACUGCUUGUCCCUUCCCCUUCCAAACAGCAGUCAGCUCGGAUCCCAUUUGCAGCCAGUACGCCAUCGCCAUCUAAGCGGGCUGCAAACACCGGGUCUCUCAGCAGUACGCACCCCUGGACCCCGGUGGACAUCGAUUCUAUCAUUCUGGCGGGCACGAGCGACAAGGAGAACAUCGAUUUCUCCGAUAUCCUGAACAGCACCAAGGGCGAAUUGAGUAGCCAGGAGAAGAAGAUGACUGUCGAAGAAUGGAUCAGGUGGAAUGCAAAGAAUGGCGAGGAGAGACUCAAACGCGAAUGCGAGCGCUUGGUUAGCCAAUUCGAGAAGGAAGGUGCUCGGGCGAUGCGCGUAUUGGAAGGUAUCGAGUGUAUGGAUUGAGGUCUCAUGGGUAUCGUUGGUCAGGAGUCUUUGGGUCGGGCGAAGGGCAUUGGAUAAUCGGUUUUAUUUUCUUUCUGCUUCUGGGAUAAUCUCAGCGAUAUUGGCAAAUAGGAAUGCGGUCGGUACAUGAUUAUGCUUGAGUUGUUUUCUGAUAUGGAUAUUGUCAAUGAUUUUAUAC